ACUGUACUUGAUGUACUCCCAUAUUAUUCACGAUAUGCCCGCUCAGUGUCUUGCAAUCUCAGUUACACCGAGAUGACAGACCUAGAGAUAGGGAACCCUUCUGUUCUGGCCAGGUUUGCGAGUCCUGUAGCCCAGGAUCAACAGCCCGACCAUGCUUCACCUGUAUACCAUCUCAAAGGUACUCGAAAGCGACAAAGGGACGAGAUUCUCGUGCCCGUGGACGGCUCCGGAUUGCAUAUAUACGAUAUCAAGCAGCCACGCCUCGUAACCACUUAUCCUGUCGCACCUCAGACAAGGUUUCUCACCAAGCCAUCCUCAAUAUGCAAGAAAACGUCGGACGCGACCCAGCCUCUGAGGUUUACAUAUGCCUUCAUCGAAACCAAAAUUGGAGUACCUAGCUAUGAGGUCGUAUGCUACACCGAAGCCACAUCGCCGGCCGGCGAAACCAAGCGCUACUCCUAUCCUCAUCAUGCUACUCGACCAGAAGAGAUGGUGGUUGCUAUUGAGGUCGCAAUGGGCUCCGAAUACUACUCUCCGGGGAUGUUGGAUCAUUUUGUCCUGUUGAUCCAAAGUGACGGUACCGUUGUUUGUCUGUCCGCGGAUCUGUCCUCUCUGCAAUGGAAGUUCAAGCCCAAGGGGGAGACGAGUGCUACGCGAGCGCAAGAUGUCGACGGGUUCAAGGCCGAGUUCGCUUGUCUUUGCAACUUCCAAAACGUGGAGGCCGGCCUUCUGAAUGGUCGUCAGGAUCUGGUCGCUCAAAUUCGCGACCAUUCGACGAAAAGAAGAGGGGAGCCGCAAAUCCUGUGCACGCUACUCAGCGACGCCGAUCAGUCGAAUUCCUCACAAGUCCGUCAUCGUCUUUCCAUCUGCGCUAUCUGGCUCGAGGAACAUGGAUCCGCCAUCGUCGAGAUUGACUGCUGGGAUUUACCGUUCUCAAGCAAUCCUGAGGAUUGUCGACAGUGGUUCCUUGACGAUGCGCGAGGCAAAAUUGUUUGCGGCGAUGGGCGGAGGGUGAGUGUUAUUGAUAUUUCGGGUACGGUACCUCGCAUAUCGGCCACGUUUGAGAACUACUCUCUUCCAAUCCGAUCUUUCAUCUGCCUCGGCCACUCGCACCUCAUUUUCCUUUCUUCACAUUCCGUCGGGGUUCUCGAUAUGACCUACCAGUCGGUGUUAUCCUCGACUCCUAUUGCGGCCGGUUCAGAGUCUUCAUUCAGCGGCUUGAAAAAACGAAAGAGGGGGGCUAUGAACAAUACCUGGGGUUCGUUUCGGCUUAUAUUGUACAGCGCGAAAUCCAACUUGGCCGUGGGUGUUGCAGAUGGCGAGCUGAUAUCGUUCUCCAUCUCAAAAGGCGAGAGCUCUGCUGCCAGAAGUCUCCGGGAUUCCACUCUUCUCGAUUCGUUAGCAAAAGGGCCACAGCGCACUGGAGUCUCUGUGCAGGCUCCCCUAUCUCAGAGGAUAUCAUCCUUGGACGCUGAAUUACCCCGUAGCAGUUCGAAAGUUACCGCCAGUUGGGAAAAAGAACGGCAAGCUUUGGAGCGAGCAUCAGACGCUGGAAAUGUGGAGGAGUUCGAGAACAUCCUUGCGCGUGGCCUGAAUAUUCCGGUACGGGAGUUGGAUGUCGAAUCCCAUCCAUCGAAACCUUCGAAACGCUCAAAAACCACCUCGACCUCCGAUAGUGCGUCGCGCAGCGGAUCUCAAUGGGACUUUGAGGCCAUUGGGAGAGAUCAGAUGCUUCGUGCACACCCUGAGAAAGCAGAAUACGCGCUUGCAAAGAUAUUUGCAUGGAAUGGAGCUAUGGAUCAAGCAACAUCAAGCAAGUCCGCGGACUCAGAGGAAAAAGGCCAAUUGACCAUUCUAUUUCUUCCGAAGAAUGUUCUGCAGUGGCUUGUCCUCAGCGCUCACUUUUCCCUGAGCAUGCUGAACCGAGCCCUGGCUGCCAGUUCCUCGGAGAAUGCGAGGCCUGCAACCUCACGGGAUCUGGUUUCUUCUUUCAUUCGAUACGACCCGGAAAUGCGUCUGUUGCGUGAAUUGCUAUUUCUUCAUCGGUACCUCGAUGCUCCCACGGUUGUUGAAGCUGUGAGGGCUGUUAUCAGAAGCCUCCGAACCGAAGAUCACGGCUUCCACACCACCACUGAGUCUAACGAUGACACGGCAGACGGCAAAAAGGAUCACGACGAAGCGCUACUGGAUCUAGAAGUGGAAGAAGCGUCGAGAGACCUCGAUCUUGCGCUCGCAACUCUCGAGCACGGAGAGGCCAUUCGCGGCCAGACUCUGUGGCAAGCAUUGACGAUACUCCACUCAUUCCCUUCAACUACCAUCGUCGCCACGCUGCGGGAUUCCUUGACCACGCAAGAAAUUAUCUUCCUUAUCCAAUUGCUCCGUAUCGAAUUGGCCCACGGCGGAUGGACAUCGCGAUUUAUGUAUGACUCGGCUUCCACAUCAUUGCAAAGUGAUCUCUCGGACCGGGCCAUUCUGCUCAUUGUCAAUUUGAUAUCGUGCGCAGUGGAUGCAGUCAACAUUGCCGGAUGGCAGAGCGAGGCCGCCGUGCGAGCUGCUGCUGAGGAUGAAGAAGGUGGUCUGCCGCUGUCCCUGCGCACCGAUGUCUCAGCCGCUCUCGAAGGCAUCCACGAAGCCGUCUUCCUGAAAAGUCUCCUCGGCGACUUCAGGCGGUACAGCCUUGGCGUGAAGAAGAGCUACGACGACGGUUACGCGCAAUAUCUCCCUGGAGACACGUCCCUGCUUGCGCUGGAAGGCCUGGAUCGCUAUGGCUUCGGGCGAAAUGAGAGCAAAGCGCCCGGGACGAACGCCGCGAAACCGAUCGGGACCCUGGAUCAGUCCAUGGAGGCGAAGAUGCUCCCCCUGGGCUGCAAGUUUGACCAUAUUGCGCGACUACGGAAGGUCGCGGACGGUGUUACGAAGGGUAAGAGUCGGCGGCAAUUGGGCCAGGAGAUCAGUCGGAGAGUUGGCCCGUACAGCUUUGAAAAAGUUAGAUUUUAGGCAUUUUUAGGGUUCCUAUUGACGGGGAUGCCUUUUGCUCAUGAACAAUGCUACACAUUCGACGUUGCCAAUACAAGUUUGGGU